UUUUCGCCACCGCCAUCAUAGCUAUAAGCCUAUAAUUCCAAGUUCCUGAUAAAUUUCACUAAUCGAUCCCUGUUCCCCCCCCUCCCCCCAAAAAAAAAAUUCCCCUAAAAAUGCAGCUACAGAUUUUUGUCCGAUCCCCGACUCACCGAACCCUAACUGUAAACCUAGAAUCCACACAAACCCUGACCCUUCGCCACCUCAAAUCCUCUCUCCUUCCGAAUCCGCAAUCCAUCUCCUCCUUCUACUUUGCCCUCAAUGGAAAACCCCUCUCGGAUUCCACCCUUCUCCCGAAUCCUGAAAUUACCCAUCUUUCCACCCUUUCUCUUCUCCCCCGCAUCUCUGGAGGCGGAGGCGAUGGCGGCGCCACUGGAGCCGAGUCCCGCGACUGUUAUCUUAAGAUGUACGCGGAAAAGAAGCCCGAUAAAAUCGAUCUUAAUGAGAAAAGGCUUGGUAAGUGGCUCAAUUGUGCCUUAUCUUAUGAACCUUUGAGAGAACCUUGCGUGAUUGAUAAAUUAGGGAAUAUUUUCAAUAAGGAAGCACUUGUUGAAGCGAUGUUGGGUAAGAAAUUGCCCAAAGAGUUUAGGCAUAUAAAGGGUUUGAAAGAUAUGAUUAAUAUUAAGUUGUCGAUGAUUCCCGGGGAGAAAUCAGAUGCAGUUGAUGGUGCCAAGUUUCAGUGCCCGAUAACAGGGCUUGAAUUCAAUGGGAAGUAUAAGUUUUUUGCGUUGAAGAAUUGUGGUCAUAUUGUUAGUGCUAAGGCUUUGAAGGAGGUUAAGUCAUCAGCUUGUUUGGUUUGUCACGAGGAGUUUGUGGAGUCUGAUAAGAUGGUGAUUAAUGGAAGUGAGGAGGAGGUGGUGGCAUUGAGGGAGAGGAUGGAGGAAGAGAAAGCUAAAACCACCAUGGAGAAGAAGAAGAAAAGGGGUAUUGAUGUUGUGGAUGGGAAGGAUUGUGGUAAAUUGGAAGGGAAUGGAAAACUUGACAAUGGAAAGAAAUUGAGUAAUGGUGGGGUGAAGAAGUUUAGAGCCUUGGAUGUGGCACCGGCAAAUGCUACCAAGGAAGUUUAUGCUUCCAUAUUUACUUCUUCGAAGAAGACAGAUUUUAAGGAAACUUAUAUGUGUAGAUCACUCCCACUCGGUCGAAAUUGAUGAGAUGAGAUUGAUUCAUCGCAAGGUGUGAUGUGGGUAAGAAGAAAAACAACAGUAAUCAAAAGAAAUAAGGCUAAACAACUUGUGGCCCACAUUACAUCAUCACUUCUUUACUGAAUCAGAUUUGAAUUGCACUUUCCUUAUUUUCUGAAGCAGAAUUGAGUUGUACUUGUUUAAACCUAGAAAUCUGGUAAAUAUGUAAUUUCAAUAGUGAAUGACUAUUAAUAUGCUUUAUUAA